AUGGCUCCCCUCAACCCUCCCUUGACUGGUAUUCGGGUCCUUGAGCUGGCUGGUUUAGCUCCAGGUCCAUUUUCCGGUUUGUUACUCGCAGACUAUGGUGCCAGUGUCUUGAGAAUCGAUCGACCCUCUGCGGUCAACAUGGACUCACUCACGCGCCGCAAGACCUCGAUCAGCCUUGAUCUUCGAGACCGUCAAUCACGCGAGAUCCUCCUUCGUCUCCUCGCCAACACGGAUGUCUUGAUCGACCCGUUCCGACCCGGGGUCCUCGAACGUCUCGGUCUGUCGCCUACAGAGGUCCUUCUGAAGCACAACCCUCGUCUGAUUGUAGCGCGGAUGACGGGCUUCCGUCGCGACGGCAAGUACAAAGACAUGGCGGGCCAUGAUAUCAAUUACAUUGCUGUUUCGGGGGUCCUCUCCAUGCUGGGUCGCGCAGGCGAUAAGCCCUACGCCCCGGGGAACAUUCUCGGUGAUUUCGCCGGCGGCGGAGCCAUGUGUUUCUUGGGCAUUCUGCUGGCGCUGAUGGCCCGCACCUCGACGGGACAAGGCCAGGUCGUCGAGGCCAAUAUGGUGGACGGAUCCGCCUAUCUGGCGACCUUCCCGCGUCUCGCGACCAAGACUGGCGCGUGGGACCAGCCUCGCGGCGAGAACCUUCUCGAUAGCGGAUGUCCCUACUACGACACGUACGAGACCAAAGACCGCGGGCAGUACUUUGCGGUGGGCGCGCUGGAGCCACAAUUUUACGCGGCGCUGCUGCGGGGUCUCGAUCUCGAGGCGGACAAGCUACCGGAGCGUGAAGAUCGGUCGAACUGGCCUGUGCUUCGCGACAUCUUCACGCAGCGGUUCAAGGAAAAGACGCGGGCGGAGUGGGAGGCCGUCUUUGAUGGGACUGAUGCGUGCGCGACGCCUGUCUUGACGCAUGCCGAGUUGGAGGCGGCGGGUUAUGAGCAGCGUCCGGCGGUGCAUUUGUCGCGCACGCCGAGUCAUCCCAUCAAGGCAGAGGAAGGUGGGUGGACUGGUGGCGGGCUUGAACCGGGUGGAGGAGGAGUGGAGACGCUUCGUUCGUGGAUGGGAUGGGAGGCCGGUAGGGAUUUUCAGGUGCGCGAUGAUGGGGCCUUGAUUUUGAUGGAUCGGGCCAAGUUGUAA